CAGGUGGGAGCCUCCGUAGCCAUUUUGGCUCAAGCUUCGCUUUGGCACAGCUGCGCUUGUGCCGGGGGCUGUCCAUGGCGCAUGAGGAGGAGCUCACAGCUCUUUUGGAGGAAACUUCGUCGCCGUCGCAUUGCGGCACCCCGCCUUCUGAUGACGAGCGGAAGGUGCGGCAUCGCAGCUUCGGCUCGGCGACGGCCGCGGCGGGUCGGCCCGCCGCGCGGCGCUGCGGCGGCGCCGGCGAGCGAGACCACGAGUCCCUGGUGCGGCAACUGAGCGGCGACCUGGACUCAGAUACGGAGAGCCUGCACAAGUUUUGGCACCGGGCCGGCUGGCUGAUCCUCCUGCUGAUGUUCCAGUCGACCUCCUCCCUAAUCCUGGAGCGCUUCGACCUGCUCAUCCGGUCACACCCCGUCGUCAUCUAUUUUCUCACGAUGCUGGUUGGCGCCGGCGGGAACGCGGGCAGCCAGAGCACCGUGCUGGUCGUGCGGCAGUUGGCGCUGGCCACGGUCGGCAAGCGGAAGGGCGAGACCCCAGACGACAGGUUUUCGCUGCGGCACAUCGUGGCCUCGGAGGUGUCGGUCGGCGCGCGCCUCGCGCUGGUGCUCUUCCUGGGCACGUUCGUGCGGUGCGUGCUGUUUCAGGUCAGGGGCGAGGAGUGCCUCGCGAUCUGCCUGUCCAUGCUCGCCAUAGUCUUCGUGUCCACCGUCCUCGGGGCGGCGCUUCCACUGCUCUUGAACAGGCUGCGGCUGGACCCGGCGCACGCCGGGGCCGCAAUCCAGGUCAUCAUGGACAUAAGCGGCGUCACGCUGACCUGCGUGGUGUCGUGCUUGGUCCUCGGCCUGCCGAUCACUGGCGGCCACCAGGUGAUGCCCGGCAACGCCACCGGGACGGCGGCGGGUCCGCACGGAGGAUCAGAGCGCAGGGCGGGUGCUGGCUUCGUCGUCCAGAAUGAGGGCGCGAGGCAGGGCCUCAGCCGCUUCGGCGCGGCGGCCGGGCAGUCUUGACUGCGGCCCCCCUCCCCCGUCCAUGCCUUGGCCUUGUGGACAUCUUCUUCCUUCCCCUCCUCCUCGUCCACCCCGCGAGCCCCCCCCCCCCGCGGAGAGCCGGGAUGCCGCGCGCGCGCGCCCGCGACCGCGCCCCGGCCGCCCGAAAAAGAAA